CUCUUGAACAUCCACCUGAAGAAGAACUUGGCGGUCAGACACCGGCUUCAAGGGAUGCGACCUGUUCUUCUCUGAGAUCUGUGCUGGAUUGGAAGAAUGAAUAUAUCAAAGACCCAGGUUAAUAGCGAAGAUAAGUACGGCAAAUGCGGUGCAUGGAGAAUGCAACAGCAUUACAACGCCGAGGCCAGUCACAUGCGCGACGCGCACGCGCUCUAUAACCAAAGGUUGCUCUGCAGAAUGUCCAGCAAGGAUCGUCACAUUGAGUCCAACUGCCCCUCGUACAUCAAGACGGAACCCUCUAGCCCGGCCUCGCUGACCGACAGCGUCAACCACCACAGCCCCGGCGGCUCGUCGGACGCCAGCGGCAGCUACGGCUCUGCCAUGAACGUCCACCAGAACGGCCUGGAUUCCCCCACGCUCUACGGCCCGGGGGGCGCCCUGGGCCCCAACGGCAACAGCGCCAAGCGCUAUGAGGACUGCUCCAGCACCAUCGGGGAAGACUCGCAGAUCAAGUGCGAGUACAUGCUGAACUCCAUACCCAAGCGCCUGUGUCUGGUGUGUGGCGACAUCGCCUCGGGCUACCACUACGGCGUGGCUUCGUGCGAGGCCUGCAAGGCUUUUUUCAAGAGGACCAUUCAAGGCAACAUCGAAUACAGCUGUCCGGCUACCAAUGAAUGCGAGAUCACCAAGCGCCGGCGGAAGUCCUGCCAAGCCUGCCGCUUCAUGAAGUGUCUCACCGUCGGCAUGAUGCGGGAAGGAGUACGGCUGGACAGAGUGCGCGGCGGCAGACAGAAAUACAAGCGCCGGAUAGACGCGGAGAACAGCCCCUACCUGAACCCCCAGCUGGCCCUGCCAGCCAAAAAGCCAUUCCCCUUUGGCUGCCUUGCAGAUAAUAAGAUCGUGUCGCACCUGCUGGUGGCCGAGCCCGAGAAGAUCUACGCCAUGCCGGACCCGACCGUGCCGGACAGCGACAUCAAGGCCCUGACUACGCUCUGCGACCUGGCCGACCGCGAGCUGGUGGUCAACAUCGGCUGGGCCAAGCACAUCCCGGGCUUUUCGACCUUGUCGCUGGCCGACCAGAUGAGCCUCCUGCAGAGCGCCUGGAUGGAGAUCCUGAUCCUGCGCGUGGUCUACCGGUCUCUGUCGUUCGAGGACAAGCUGGUGUACGCCGAGGACUACAUCAUGGAUGAGGACCAGUCCAAGCUGGCCGGCCUGCUGGACCUGAACAACGCCAUCCUGCAGCUGGUGAAGAAGUACAAGAGCAUGAAGCUGGAGAAGGAGGAGUUCGUGACUCUGAAGGCUAUAGCGCUGGCGAAUUCAGACUCGAUGCACAUAGAGGACGUGGAGGCGGUGCAGAAGCUGCAGGACGUGCUCCACGAGGCCCUCCAGGACUACGAGAGCAGCCAGCACGCCGAGGACCCCCGCCGGGCCGGGAAGCUGCUCAUGACCCUCCCGCUGCUGCGCCAGACCUCCACCAAAGCCGUGCAGCACUUCUACAGCAUCAAACAGGACGGCAAGGUGCCCAUGCACAAACUCUUCCUGGAGCUGCUCGAGGCCAAAGUCUAGCUCCUGCUGGUCCCCCGCGUCUGGGGAGCAUAACCGUGACGACGCUACUCCGAACUACUGAUGCUGAUAGAUGCUUAAAAGAAAUAUUGACCUGAAUUUUGGGAGGAUGGGGGUGUCGGACUGGAAGGAGGAAG